AUGGAUGAAAUUAUUAAACAAUUAACACAUGAUAAUAAUCUUUUAGAACAACAAUGGGCUGAUAUAUUUACUUGUAUUGGAGAAGCAUCAGUACCUAAUGAUUCUAAAUUAGUAUUAAAUGCACUUGUUGAUUAUUUACUUACAGAGCCAGUCGACUCAUCACCAUGUUAUAUGAAAUAUUUAUUAAUUUCUAUUGUGAUUGAACAAUUAACUAUUAAAGCAGUAUCUAUUGAAAUUAAUAAUUUAAUUGAUGCUUUUACUCGUGUUCUCGAUUCGUCAAGAGUUGAUCAGUGGUAUUUAAAGUUUCUUGAAACAAUAUAUGAAAGCUUCGAAAUUGGUGAACGACUAUAUUCAACACCAAUUAAGACAGAUUUAAUUGAAAAAAUUCUUCAAAGUUUACAAAAUAAAACAUUUAUAUUUAAUUCCACUGAAGAUUCUAAUAAAUGGGAAAUAUUUUUAACUCAAACCGUUUUUUCAAAUUCAACAAAUGACAUAAAUAUUUUAAAUAAGCAAGAUAUUAUAGAAGAUAUGGAAGUAAAUUUUCAACAAUUUUACAAGCACGCUGUUCAACAAUCUCAACAAUCAUCAGUAUGGUUAAAAAUUGCAACAACAUUAAAUGAGUACUCAUCUGAAAUAUUCAGCAAUGAAAUGUCAUUGAACAUGAUUUUAUCCGAUACAAAUGUAUCAAUUGAAAAUAUAUCUUCUGAUGGUAUAACUCAAUUAAUUCAAUCCUAUGAAAAUGAUAAUGAACUAAUAAAAACCGACCAUACAAAAUUAUUAACACUGUUUGAACGAUUAAUUUUAGUAAAUAAUUAUGACAAUGCUUAUCAACUAUUUUCUACCAUAAUUAUUCCAAAUUUAUCUAUAAUUGAUUUUGAAUCUUUAUUAUCUACAAUGACUCGACUUUGUCCAAUAGUUGAAAAUCGAGACUUAUUUUGUUCAAAAAUUCUCGAAACUCUUAUUUCACCAUUAGAAAAUUUACAAAUCAAGAAAAACUUAGCAGUAAUCGUUUUUACUUUAGCUUUAGCUAUUUUAAAACUAUGUUUAUGUGAUGCACCAGAGUUAUCGUAUAGUUUAGUAAGAAGAAAAAAUUUUUAUCCAUGGCCAGAAUUAAUAGACGGUUUAGCUGAUUUAAUAAAAGCUUGUAUUUCGUAUGAUGUAAUUAUUGAAGACGAUUUUUUUAGUAAAUUAAAUCGAUUAGAGGAUAUUAUUGAUUUAAUACAAGAAAAAACACAAGUUUAUCCAACUAUUUCUAAAGCCAUUCAUCCGAUUAGUGUUGAAGCUGUUCUCCGAUGGUCAAAUACUCAAUUUAAUGGAAGUCAUCAUGUUUAUCGAAUGGGAAAUGCUAUAUUAAAUUUAAUUGAUUUACAAGAAAUAAAUGAAGAUAUAUGCAUGAAAUUUAUUGAUGCUAUACAAACUCGAGUUAAUUGUGAUAAUGAAGAAAUAAACAAUAAGAGUAUCUUCUUUUUUAGUAAUAUGGCCAAGCAUCUGGGUAAUUUUAUCGUGCAACUUAAACGACUUCCACAUAAUAUCCAUUCAAAAUUAGCUACUCUCUUUUUGUCUCUACUUGAUUAUUCGUUCUAUGAUGAAGAUCAUAAUAUGACAUUUCAUCAUGUUACUUUAGUGAGCGUAUUAUACAAAACAGCUUCAAGUAUUUAUAAUGAAAAUGAUGCUCGUCUUUACGAACCAUUCCUCGAUCGAAUGUAUAAUGAUGCUAAAGAUGAUAAUAAAACAAUGUUGCAUCAAAUGUGGCUCCAUUUUUGGCUUGUCACACUGUGUGUUCAACAUACUGAACUCUUUUAUCCUUUUUUCGACGAUCUUCUAAAUAUAUUAAUAAGUGAUAAUGGACAAUAUCUAUCUAAUUUAUUUGGUUUAUUUUCAUUAAUCGUCAGAAAAUAUCCAGAAAUAGUUUCAUCGAAACAUAUUAAUCAUAUAUUUUCAUCAAUAGAUACAAUUCCAUUCAAUAAUGAACUUUGUGUAAUUAUUCAAACACUUAGUUGUGUAGCUAAUUAUCAUCCUUAUUUAUUUGAUAUACAUAGUGAAAAAAUCAUUUGUUUAAUUAUUGAAAAACAAAAUUUACUAAUAUUUGAAUGUUUUCGAAAUUAUAUUAUUUCAUCAAUAAUUAUCAAUAACGAAAAUAAAGCAAAUGAAUAUCUUAAUAUUCUUAUUGAUAUUUUGAAAAAUAAAAAAUGUUCAAAUGAAAUUCAACAAGAAAUUUUCUUUUCUUGUUUACUUAUCGGUUUGAAACAUAAACAAUUAUUAAUUAAUCGACGUCAUGAUUUUACAGUAUUAGGUUCGAAUUUAAUAGUCAAUUAUAUUGAUAAUGCUACAAUUAGUGAAUUAGAUCGGGUAACAAUUAAACGAGCUCAACUAGAAAUUGAAAAAAUCGAAUUAUGUAUUAAUAAAACAAAGAUAAAUAUCAAAACAGAACAAAUAAAUACGAAAAAUAUGCCUUCUUGGAGUCAUCAAGUAUCUAAAUUACUUAAUCAUCAAAGUAAUAAUGAUUGGCGUUUACUAGGUAAACAACUUGGAUUUUCAUGCAGUGAAAUAAAACAUUGGAGAAAGCAAACAAAUCCUUGUAUGACUUUACUUAACGAAUGGUUUAUAACACAUACGACAGAAGAAGCUAUUUUUAGUCUUAUUAAAGUACUUAAUGAUAUUGGUCGACAGGAUGUUGAACAAAUUAUUCGACAAGAUGUAUUACAAACAGGACAAACUAUUCCAAAUGAUUUGCCAGUUAAUAUAAAACGUCUGGCACCAGUUUUUCUUUCAUUUCAUUCUAGUGAACAAAUACGUGUCACAAAACUGAAAGACCAUUUAGAACAAGCCGGUUAUGCUUGUCAAAUGUAUGACGAUCAAACUCAAAUUAAUAUUCUAGAUACUCAUAUUCGUGGAGCUAAAGUGAUCAUAUGUUGUAUUAACAUACUUUAUGAUCAAUCAGAAAACUGUUCAAAAGUAUUUCAUUUGAUAUUAAACAUGAAAAAACCUUUCAUCCUUUUAUAUAUGGAAGAACAACCAUGGUCAUCUGAAAGCAAAUUUAAAUCUAUUCCUGAUGAUUAUAUGUACAUUGAAUUUUAUAAUGAUAAAAUGACGAGUGAUUGGCCUGAAAAUAAAUUUAUUGAAUUACUCGGUCAAAUUCGUUAUCAUGUUGCACCUGAUCCUGAUAUGAUUCAUGAACAAUAUCAUCAUUGGUUCGUACCUCGUAUUGAUAAUCUUAUCUUUUUGAAAUCAUCAAAUGAACAGAAAGAAAACAAUUCCAUAUCAUUUAAUGAUAUUCCAUUGCUAGUUUCGCAUCCACAAAUAAUUAUCUCCUAUCAAUGGGAUUGUCAAAAAGAUAUACUUCAUCUUUAUAAGCAAUUGACACAAUUAGGAUACCAAAUUUGGCUUAAUAUAUUUCAAAUGGGAGAUGGUGAUUCUUUGUUAUACAAGUAUAAUAUUGCAAUUCAACAAUCAUUAUGUUUACUUGUUUGUAUUACACCAAAAUAUAUGAAAUCGAUUAAUUGUCAACGUGAAAUAUCAUUAGCUAAUACUUUUCAUAAACCUAUAAUACCUUUAUUACUCGAAGAAACGACUACAUGGCCACCUUUCGAUCUCGUAUUAUCAAUAUUUGCUAAAACACCAUAUAUUGACUUUCGACAUUCAAAUGGAUAUGAUAGAUGGAUAGGAAAACAGUUUGUACUAUUACUUGCUCAACUUGAACAAAUUAUACCAAAUGUGCCGACGAAUAAGCCACGACAUCUACUCGAGAUGCAAAGACCUAUAUCUGCUUCUCGACAUAAUGAUACUAUUGAUCAACGACCAAAACGAAUAUCAAGUGCACCCAUUAUUCCAAAAAGUCGAACGUGUUCUCUCAUGUAG